AUGCCGCGGGCCGAGCGGCCGGGGAGCUGGGGACCCUGCGCCCCCUGCAUUUUUGCGCGCGUUAAUGCGGGGAGAGGGCGCAAAGGGCCCGGGGCGCGCGGCGGGGAAAGGGCGCCCCCUGCCGGCCGAGCGCGGAGGCGGCCCCGGGCCCCUUCCCGCCCCACGCGGCCGCGCGGGCGGGGGGCGCGGCGUCCGGAGGAGGGGCGCCUGCUGCUCGCCUCCCGCCCGGACGCCAGACGCGCGUCUCCUAAAACUACGACGCCGGCGGUCGCCGACUGCUGCGAGGUGGGUGUGCGGCGGCGGCGGCGGCGGCGGCGGCGCGCGGCUCCAGGCCCCACCCGCCCGCCCAGGGCGCGGCCUGCGGAGCCGGCGAGGGUGGGCGCAGGCGAGGGGCCCGCCACGCACGGCCCCCAGCGCUCCCUGCACGACACCCACGCUGCUGCCCCUGAGCCCCCCCCGCCCCCCGCGCUCCGGCACACUCACGGGGCACCCCCGUUCCCCUGCAGGGAAGCGCGCUCCCCCCCCCACGGCACCGCACCCCCGCCACACUGCACCCCGCGCCCCCGUAUACACACCCCGCUCACACUCGCAGCCGCGCCGCCGGCCGAGUUGGCAGGGCGCGUCCGGGGCCCCAGCGGCGGGGACGGCGGGGGCGGCUGCCUGCCUGGAGCGGCGGCGGGCGGAGCCCCUCUCCCGCGCCGACCCCGCACCGAGCCCGGGCCCCGCGCCCGCCGCCAGCCCCCCCGGGGCGGAGCCGAGCGCGAUGGGCGCGGGGCGGGAGGCAGGUGGCGCAGCGGCGGCGGCGGCGGCGGGGGGCCGGAGGCGGGGGCGGAGCGCGCGGGGCGGGGGCCGCGGGGCCCCGUGAGACGCUCGGCCGAGCGCGCGGCAGAGAGCCCGGCGCCGCGAGUCGAAGGCGCGGCGGCUGCGCCCGCGCGGCCACGGAGGCCGGAGACCGCCCGGGGGCGGCGUGCGCGCUUUGUUCCCGCGCGGGGCGGCCGGGCGGGGGCAGCGAGCGGCGGGAGCCGAGCCCGGGCAUGGCCCAGGCGGCCGCCCCGCGCGCCCCGGCGGCCCCGCCGCGCGCCUGAGCCCCGCGCGGCGCCCGAAGCCAGCGCGCGGGGGGGCCCCCAAGUUACGGAGGCGGGGACCGAGUUCGGAGGAGAAGCCGCUUCGGGAACCUCUCAGCAGCCGGACCGCCGGACCGUAAGUGCCCGGCGUCCCGCGCGCCGCCGCCGCCGCCGUCACCCCGACUCCGCCCUCGGGCUGCCGUCUGGGGGUCUCCUUGCAGCCGCGCCGAGCGUGCGGGCCGCCCCCGAGGCCCCCCUCCCCACUUUGGAAAGUUGGAGCCCGCGGCAGGGUGGGGCCGGCCCCGGCAGUGCCCACCCACUUUGGUCCCUCCGGCCCACCCACCCCUCGAGCGAGCUUGACCUGCCGGGGGCGUGGUCAAACCUAACGUGGGAACUGCGCGCGGAAGGGUCCCCGGCGGCUGGCAGCGCCCCGGCUGCCCCCGCCGUGAGCUGGCCUCCCCGUGCCCGUGCUCCCCGUGCCCGUGCUCCCCGGACCGUGCUCCCCGUGCCCGUGCUCCCCGGCCCAUGCUCCCCGGACCGUGCUUCCCGGCCCAUGCUCCCCGGCCCGUGCUCCCCAGCCCUGGCUUGA